GCGCGGGUGCGCGCGAAAGCGCGUGUGGUAUAAUUACAUUUCAGAGUCUACGAACAACCAUGCGUGGCAUUGGAGUGGGCACGAUCGGCUGGAAUAUUUUUUCCUUGCCAACACCUGGGGCGUGUCUGCCCAGUGGCUGCGGCAAUUCACGCAACGCUUAGCCUUCCAGCGCGCGUCUUUUGACAGCGAGGCCAAGGUUUACGGGGAGGCAGCUCGUCGAGCAGGGCUCGCAGAGGUGGUCCCGUUCAGAGCAGAUUUGAAGUUGCAGAGGGCCUGGAUCGCGCGGCGCGUUAUGGCCCGUAUGUUCGAGCACGGGAACGGCCCGGGGGAGCUGAAUUUGUUGAAGACGUCGCCGGACUUGAUAAAAACCAUUUGGUCAUGGUACCCAGAGCACAUGUUCAGCCGACGAGUGCAGGGGCUCACGGACAGCGGGCGCUCCAUCAACACGAUCGUCAUAGAUGGGAAUGCGAAACUGGCCCGCCGGAUCUGCGGGCGAGCUGUUGCCGAACUGAUGUACUCCCCCUCCUUGGAGAGGUACACUGCCACGCAGUGCUCUUGCAAACCGAGAUUCAAGCUGAAGCGUUGCAGCAAGCACUUGGCUCGCGCCCUGACUGAGGAUGACGGCCCGCCGCAAAGUGAAAUCACUGUUUCGCACAAGCGCCGGCGCGUGCUGGAGACGGCCCCCAGGGCUGAACCGCACGACGUGUGCCUCGUGGCGCGGGACCAGAAAGAUAUCCCAGGAGCGCCGAGGCGCUGGGCCGCCGCGUGCCAGGUCACCCAGGGCCAACUGCAAGAGUACUGGGGCAAUGCUGGGCACCAGGCGUACAUCCCGUCGAUGUCACCCGACGCGGAUUUGCAGUCCGCGUCGUGCAGGACCCACAAAGAGGCGCAACUGGGCAGGGCCAGCCGCGGUUCGACCCCGAGCCAGUUCAGCAGAAAAUGCGGCUGGCUUUACGCCUGCACUCCAGAAGGCUACAUCGUGCAUCUGAAGGAGUACGUGGGCGCAGAGAGUCUGCAGCUCGCGUACCCCAACAUCAAGUACAUCACCGACGGACUGCGCGACAGAAACCACGUGGACCCCUGGUGCCUAGCAAAUUGUUCACCUAAGGCAGACUGCAACAAGGAGCUCGUGAAGAACAUCAAUAGCCAGAUCUGCGAGCAGCUGUUCUCGUCUCUGGGGCGCCACAAAUAUUCUGUACGCCGCAUGGGGCAGUUUACCUCGGCCUUCUUGCUAACGGAACUGGCCGAAGUGAAAAAUGAGGCCUGGCUGGCCGAGCAGGCGCGCGCGGCCCGCGCGGCCGCGAGUGCGGGGCAGCCGCGGAGCGAGUGCGCGGUCGGGGCAGCCGAGGGGAAUGACAAUUGCCCGAGCAGAACCCGCGCGAGCGCACUCCUAGGGGCCCACCACCUGGUCCUCGCAGACAGUUGGCUCGAGUGGGAUACCGACUGGGCCCCGACGCGCGGCGGGGGGGCGAUGCAGCAGCUCCGAGAUGAGAUGCGCGCCGUGUGGGACAUCGUCGACAAGGAGUACGACUCCAGGGUCGACUUGGGCCACAAGGCAUCGCAAGCGAUUCUCACUCUAGCCACCCGGGCGUCACAUCACGAGUUCCCGUUCGGAAUGGGAAUCCUCGCCCACCUGUGUGCUUGCACCAACGGUGCACUGACCAACAUAUUCCCUGGUGACCCAAGCCCGGUAGUCUUGCCGGUCGUCAACAUCAAUUACCCGCAGACUCGGAAGAGCUCCACGCACCGGGCGGACCUCGUCGUGGGGCGCGCAAUUGACGACCACGUGCUGGCGACUGCGAGCGCCUUGGCCACGGGGGGCAGGCCCUGGCGCGGAGCUCAGAUUCGCCGGCCGAUCGAGCACCUGAGCGAGUCAGCGGCGGAUCGGAUCGCGGGAGCGACCGGGGCGGGGUUUGCCCCUCCGGUGAAAGUGGAAUCGUCCAUGCUCACGAGUUUCACGGAGGCGGCGUUCUUCUUGCGAUGCGCCGGGGACUGGGGCCAAGUGGCCCCGAGCGAGUCGCACGACUUGUCGGGGCGCGUGUACUACGGGACAUUGAUCAACCUAGACGAGGCGCACCGCUUCCUCAAGAUGGUCGGCCUCAUCCCCGCGCAGAACACAAAGGGCGGGCAGCGUGCGAAUGGCGGCGACGCCGGGGGCACGCCGGCCGACGCGGCAUCGGAGUUCAAUAAGUUGAUGCAAACAGCCUCACUCGCCGCCCCCGUGCAGCUCGAGGUCCCGCAGGGGUUCAAACGUUGGCAGUGGCCGAAGCUAUUGGAAUGCAUGGUAUCUCCGCUGGGCCUGCCGAGCGAGGCGACCAACCGCGUGCUUGCUCGGGGCGCGUUCCGCCCGGCGCCCGCGCACGAGACCCAGGAAGACCACGUCACGUUCGAGCCAGGCCCCCGUGGAUACUCCUUGCGUCUCGUGGACGGCACGAUCACGAGGCCCCGCUUCAGGAACCGCGGCGGCGUGUUCGAGCCGGAGCUGCGCGCGACGAACCGCGACAUCCCCGUGACGCAGGGCAUGGACGUGAAGAGCAUGGCCAACCGCGUGCUCGAACACUUCAAGGUGAGCCACACGGUAGUGCGGUCAGAGGAGGCCCGGUUGACCUUCAAGGGCUUCCAGAUGGUGUUCGACGUGCAGUGCGCGCUCAUGCGGGAUCAGGGCAAUGAGACUCGCGCGGCCUUGUUGGGAUCUAGCCCUUGGAUGCUCGGCAUGAUCUCGGUGGCGCUGCUCAUUCUGGAGAUCGCGGUUGGCGAGGCGCCGAUGGGUGGAGAGGCCAAGGUGAUGGAGCAUCACGUCGUCCGGGCGUGGGACAUCCUAGAGGUCUUCCACAGCGUUCGCAUCACCCUUGAGGAAGGGCGCGAGAGCCAGGAGGUGGGGGAGGAGAGAGAGAGGGCCGCGCGGGACGCCGCCAGCCGCAGGGCUGCCGGCGCAGUCCGAGUCGGCGCGGUCGGCGACGAGUGGGGCCAGUGGGCCUUGACCCAGGCUCAGCCGCGGCGCGCCCUCCCAGGUUCCGACGUCGGUGGCGGCUCAGCGGGCGGCGGCGUCGAUGGCGAGGGCGACCGCGAGUUCGAGGGGCUGAGCGAUCAAGCCAGCCACGGCGGCGCGUCGGCCGCGGAGGAGGAGGGGCCGCCGCUGGCGAGCGUGGCCAACGACGGCGCGGGAGACGCCGCAAGGGCGCCGGCGGCGGCGGCUGCGGCCGAGGGGGGCGGCGCGGACGCAGACGCCCAUUUCCUGAUGCCAGGCGACCCGGAGGCCCCCUCCAUGGAUGAGGGGCACGGCGAGGACGGCGCCUCGGUGCAGAUGCAGGAGCACGGCGACGCGUUCCUCACCGACAGGGAGAUUAUGAAGAGAACAACUUUGCGAGGAGAACCCAUUGUCUUCUGUUCGGAUGUGCGUGGCUCCAUCCGGAAGACCCUGCCGAGCCAGGAGCCGGGCGCGGUCAUGCAGGCGGGCCUCAGCCAGUAUCACAUUGGCACGUACGACGACGGCUCGAGCGCGGAGGACCAGCCGGGCGCCCCGCGGAUCCACUUGAAGCUGCCGCCGACCGACCGCCGCGACCUCCACCUGCCAUUCCACAACCGCCUGAUGAAGCUGUGCGGCGUUUCCUUGCAGGCGCACACGAGUGCGAUUGGGGCAAAGGAGACCAGGAAGAGGAGAGCUCCGCCUGCCUCCGCCAGCGCUCCGCGAGCCGCGCGGCAGCGGGGGGCCGCGGUGCCCGGCGGGCAGGCGGGGGCCCCGCGCGGCCCGGGCGCGACGGCGGCGGCGGGCGGAGUAGCAGGAGGAAUUGCCGGCGGCGCGGGAGGGGCCGACGCGGCGGCGACGGCCAGCGGCGCAGCGCCGACGCCCGCCGGCGCGGCAGGCCGCGGCGCGGCACCGGCGCGGGCGCGCCCCAGCCGCGCCCCGGGAGAGUGGUAG